GCGUUGGCGACCUCACUAUCCUUGCUAAACGUUAUAACGAUGACGGUCGUCAUCCAACGUCCGCUCAAAGGCUCUCGUAUCUCUUCCUUUUAUCCAGUCAAGUCAUUACCUCCCCUCUCUGCCCUCGACAGCGCCUUCCAGCUGCAGGAGUACAUCUCCCUCCUCAUUCGCCUUGAUGUGCAUGACGUAGACCGGAUCGUCUCUAUACCGGGGAGAAGCGCAAACGACAGCCAAGACGGGGGAGAUGGAAAGGAGGAAAAGGACGGCGAGAGGGAUGGUAGCGCGGGCGUGAACGUUGACGAGGCAUGUUGGGUGUAUGAACAACUCCGACGACUGGCCCAAGACCUCUCUCACCCUCUCAUAACCAUGCUUCAGCAAGAAUGCACGCGAAGUACCUGCCCCGAGAUGAAAGCUGGGGAGUGGUUGUACUUGUGUGUUGCCCACGGGAACGAGGGCGCCAUGGAGCAAUGUUGUGCCAUAGACUACAUCCUGCACACCCUAGACAGCGCAACCGCGCUCCUCAACUCCCCCCGCGCCUUCCCCUCUCGCCUCUCCGUCCCCCCCUCGUCUCACCGUCACUUCUCCUCCCUCGCCCGCCGCCUCGGCCGCAUCUUCGCCCAUGCCUACUUCCACCAUCGCGAAGCGUUCGAGCAGGCCGAGGCCGAGUCCUCCCUCUACGCCCGCUUCCUCGCGCUCACCUCCAAGUUCGACCUCGUCCCCGCCGAGUUCCUCGUCAUCCCGCCCCGCCUCUCCGCCAUGGGCGACGACGGCCGCCCCGACCACGUCGAGCCCCCGCGCCUCCUCGGCGCCUCCCUCGACCCCCGCCGCGACCUCUCCGCCGGGGCGCACGGGGACCCCAACGAGUGGUCGCUGUCGGACAGGCACGUGGGCAGGGAGAGGCUGGACGACCGGUCGUCGCCUGCCCCCCCCAGCGCGCGGCGGAACGAGAGCCCGCGCAAGUUCGGGCGGAACAGGACGGACACGAUGGUGUACAGCGAGGCGUUCAGCGUCGCGGAGGAGCUCGCGAAGGGAGACCUGUCCGAGGUCGACAUCGACAGGGAGAUAGAGGCCGAGCGGGCGGCGGCCGCGGUCGGGGCUGAUAUCCCGACGUCCGCCGCUGCUGACGUUGCGACGACGGCCUCGCCCGUGGAUGAGAGCUCUCCACAUGGGCCGGAGGAACAGGAGGAGGAACGCGAGGAAGAGGCUAGCCAGGCGGACGUCGAGGCGCCUGUAGAGAAGGCGGAGCCUGAGCACCAAAACGAGGCCGCAGAGGAGCCGUCUUCGCAAACGGAGGAGCCGGGCGCCCCUCAAACCGCUGAUCCGGCGCAGGCUCAGUCUGCUCUUGGAGAGGAGGAAGCCACCGAGGAAACUCAUGCACAAGAGAGUGCCUCGGGGGAGGCGCACGAGGAGCCUCAGCCUCAAACGGAGGAAUCUGCUAGCGCACCAGCCGCCGAGGCAACGGCUGCCGAAGCAGAGCCCACUGGAGCAACUUCCGCAGAGCAUGAGGAGGAGGAAGAGGAGGAGGAAGAGGCUGAAGAGGAAGAUAGUGGCGAAGAAGAGGAAGAGUCUUCGGACGAGGAGUCUGACGUAUCGUCCACGGUUGUGGGCGUCGUCAAUGAAAAGCCUGCCUCUGCUCCCGAGGCUGAGACCGCGCAAAAGGAGGAAGGAAAGGAGGGUGAGGAGACCAAGACGGAGAAGGCGUCUCCAGCGGAGGGCGAAAGGACGGAGGAACCAUAAUGACCCCAUAGCGCGAUGACUAGGGAUUGCCACGACGCGCUGUACGAUUUGCGCUGGCCGCGGAGGCUACAAGCUUCAUAGUUGCACGCGUUUACAUUGAUACCCCCUUCACAAUUUGUUGAAUUACGUGACUUUAGGUCACGAUGAACGACGUCUUUCAGCUUGAGAUCCUCAUUGUUGGUGGAAGUAC